GUCGUCCAGAGGGAGGUUGGAGUCGGAGCGGUGGGAUAACACAUUUGGGGAGCAAAGUGUCAUCAGCAAAAAAAGUGUCGGAUUGAGGAACCUACCAAAAAGGACUAUUAUAUUUCAUUUUAUUUAUUUAUUUUUUACCACAAAAGAGGACGUGCUGUGGAUAACAAUCGGCCUCUUUUAGUGCUUUUAGAAAUAUGAAGAUUAUUGAAGUGGUUUUGCUGCUGCUGCAAGCUGCUGGGUUCCUUUGCAGAGUAGGGGGGGCAGCUGUUGAAUGGCAGCAUUCAGAGAAGUCUCCCCAAAUAGACAACCGCAACGGGAAAGAUUUCCUGAGCAGUGGAAAUAUUGUGGAUGAGAACUACGACUACGACUACGAUUACGGUGACGUGGAGGACGAAGACGAAACGACAUCAGGAGACUACCAUAUCGAAUUGCCUAGAGUGGCAUUUUCCUCUAAACCCAAAGAUCUAUCUGUUCCACUACCUCUGGAGCAAGACAGGAAGCCGAAGGGCAAAGGAAGAAAAAAGGGCAAAGGCAAGAAAAGAGAUCCAUGUCUGAGAAAAUUUAAAGAUUUCUGCAUUCAUGGCGAGUGUAGAUACCUCAGAGAACUCAGAGCUCCAUCAUGCAUCUGUGAGGAGGGAUUCAUUGGGGAACGAUGCCACUUGUUCAGCCUGCCAGUGGUAAAUAAUCGGAAUUCCUAUGAUAGGACAACAGCACUGGCCGUAGUGGCAGUUGUACUUUCGUCACUUUGCCUCAUUGUGAUUGCAGCUUUGUUAACGUUAAGGUUUCAUAAGAGGGGAGAAUAUGAUGUAGAAAAUGAAGAAAAGGUCAAGUUAGGAUCUGCAACAAAUCAAUUAUGACCUGAACUGGAAGGAGUCAGUCUACCUCAGAGUGAUGACAGCGGUACACAUAUGUGGAACUCCGCUAAGAUCUUCUUCUGAAGUCUUGUACAAAUUUUGAAGCUCCAGGGCAGUGAUGCUACUAAGAGCCACUCGAGCUUUCACUGAGAAAGGGCUGGCCCACAAACAUGGAGCACUGAAAGAAAUGAAAGCACUGAGGACUGGUCUUCAGUAACUGGGACACUGCUUCAAAUAAUCCAGUAACCUGAACUUAACACAAGACUCCUUCACAAAACAAAGCAAGAAAGGAAGCCAACCUACAGCUUGUGGUCUGUUUCAACUGGAUCUGUUUGUUUGGUUCUUGUAUUAUAUAUUGAACUCUGAAUGACUAAUAUUGACAGAAAACUAUUUAUAUUCAAAAACAUCUAUUUAUUUUAAAUAUUUUAUAUUUGGUAUUUAUUCAUUUAUAUUUCUAAUUUGUGGCUCAAAGUCAAAACUGAAUUGCUUUUUAAAAAAGAAUAAAUGCAAAAAAGAAAAACUUCAUGUUCUGACUUUUUACUGACUGCUUUCUGGAAUGGAUAAUACAUUAAAGCUGCACUGAAGUCUUUAUUUUUCAGCAUUA